GCCGCACUAGCCCCUCCUGACCGCUGGCCCCGGAUAAAAACCUAGAGAACGCGGAGGAAGCAGCAGAGCAAUUCAAGUUAAUCCAGGCAGCGUAUGACGUUCUCAGUGACCCCCAGGAAAGAGCCUGGUAUGAUAAUCACAGGGAGGCUCUGCUGAAAGGAGGAGUUGAUGGAGACUACCAAGAUGAUAGUUUAGAUCUGCUGUGCUACUUCACUGUUAGCUGUUACUCUGGAUAUGGAGAUGAUGAAAAGGGAUUCUUUACAGUCUAUCGACAAGUUUUUGAAAAGAUUGCACGAGAAGAGAUGGAAUAUAUGACCCAGGAAGAUACUGAAUUAUUCCCUACAUUUGGAUAUUCCCAAAGUGACUAUGAUACGGUAGUCCACCCUUUCUAUGCAUAUUGGCAGAGUUUCUGUACUCAGAAAAACUUUGCUUGGAAAGAAGAAUAUGACACACGACAAGCCUCGAACCGCUGGGAGAAACGAGCUAUGGAAAAAGAGAACAAGAAAACAAGAGAGAAAGCAAAGAAAGAGAGGAAUGAACUGGUCCGUCAGCUAGUAGCCUUUAUUCGUAAAAGGGAUAAAAGAGUACAGGCUCACAGAAAACUUGUAGAAGAACAAAAUGCGGAAAAAACUAAGAAAGCAGAGGAAUUUCGAAGGCAGCAGAAGCUCAAACAAGCUAAGCUUGCUGAGCAGUAUAAAGAGCAGAGCUGGAUAACUAUGUCAGAUCUGGAGAGAGGGUUGCAAGAAAUGGAGGCACAAUAUGAAAAGGAAUUUGGAGAUGGAUCAGAUGAUGAAGACGAAUUAGAAGAACAGGAGACAAAAGGCAUCAAAGACAAACUGCAUGAUGAGACUGAAGAAGAUGAAUUUCUUGAUGGUCUGUACUGCCCUGCUUGUGACAAAUUGUUAAAAUCUAAGAAAAUGAUGAAGAAUCAUGAAAAAUCAAAGAAGCAUCGAGAAAUGGUAGCACUGUUACGACAGCAACUGGAAGAAGAAGAAGAGAAAUUUCCCAUGUCUUUGGAUGAUGCAAGUGGAAUACAUACUGAAGAGGAGGAAGAACCGACUGAAGAAGAUAUGCCUAAGCAGAAACUUUCAAAGAAGCAGAGGAAGAAACAGAAAACAAUGAUGACUUAUGAGAACGCUCUUGAUAAAAGUACUGAUGAAGAAACAGUUGAACAAAAGGAGGUGCCUGGCGUGGAAAAGGACAGUGGCUCAGCAGAGGAGUUGGUAAAUGAUGGCCAAAGAUGUGCUGUGUCAGAGGAUACAAGCACUGCAGAGGAUGUCAGCCAAGUGAAUGAAGCGAAGAGUGAAGCAAAAAGCAGUACUAAGCCUAAAGGGAAAAAAGCCAAGGAUGCAAAAAAGUCUGCUCAGGCAUCUUCAGAGCACCCAACAACGAAUGAAGUUCCCAUCCAUUGUGUAACCUGCAACUGUGCAUUUCCAUCCCGAAAUAAACUGUUUGAACACCUAAAAGCCACAGGACAUGCAAAAGCAACACAAGCACCAGCUACAAGUAAAGCUGUAAACGCCAGAAACAAAAAAGAGAAACGUAAAAACAGAUGAACUUUGUUACGGUGAUUGUCUUCAGAAUCGUACAUGAAAACUUUCCCAAAACUGAAAGAUGCACAUUGCCUAUUUGGGGCGAAAGAGAGAAGACACUUCCUGAUUUUUGGAGGGAAAAAAAAGGAAGAUGCAACAAAAGGAGUAUUGUUUGGUGAAGGAACCUGUGCUUUCUUCUCAUCAGCCUUUCUUUAAUGACUGGAUGUGAGCUAUCAUCUCAGUAGCUUUUACCUUGGGGGUGGGGAAAUAGUAAUUCAAAGCUACUCACCUUGCACUCCUGUAGAAACUUGCACAAAUAAAGAACCCAUGCAGAGGAAAUAAUAAUUUAACACUUCUGUUGCUGCUUUUCUUUUGAGAGGGUGACUGUAGACAAUGGAAGGGCCAUUGAAAGGCUUCAUUGAUAAAGAAGAAACAUCACCAGGAUGUAGAAGAACACAGGCUUUAAUUCUGCAGUCCCCAAGGGCUCUUUCAAAUUACUAAAUUAGUCCUUCCCUUCCAUCUGCUAUUUAAUGUAAGAUGACAAAGGUGGUUAAUCAGUUUUGACAAUUCCUAUUGGUUUUGUGUAUGUACUUGCAUGCCAGAUGUUGCGGGGGGGAAAAAAAGUAGUGGAAGAGCCUUGCUAGAAUAAGUGAAGGGAGAAAUAAAUGAGUGACAUGAAUAAACUUGUUCUGAUUUCUAAUGAAAAACAGCAUGGGAAUUGGUAUUGCACCUGUGUUUAAAUGCAUAAUCUACCUGAUCUGAGUAGCACUUUAAAAAAAAAAAAAACCAAAACCCAACCACCACAAAAACCAACCAAACCAAAAUGGUGGGGUUGGAGUGGAUUUUACACAGGAAUUGUCAAUGCAGUUGGAGAAGGCAGUGCUCAGCUGUACUAUGUUGCUUAGGAAACCCCUAGUGUAAAAUUUUCCAGAAGCACUGAUCUUGUAUUAGCUAAGUUCCUCUAAAGUUUCAAUUUUGUCACCUGAAAUGGCAGAAUACUCUUCUUCCCCUACAAUUUAACAUUUGGACUGAACAUGUUAAAGUAAAAAUGUAUGUUAACUUGUUAGUGGGUCAAAGAAUUACUCAUACAUUAAAAUCUGAAUGAAAGUAAAAUGAUGUACAGUUCUUUUUGACUGUCCACAACACCUUUUUUGGGUUUUUGUUGGAAAAUGAAGGAAGUAAUGAACUAAAACAUUUUUAAAAGUGAUUAUGUAAGAAAAAAAGCACAGCAUAUUCUCUCACCAGCCAGAGUCUGCAUUGUUGCUAAAUGACUAAUGGGUGGGCUGUGCAAUCCCCAACGCAGCAGGAGAAAAAGAAAAGCAUGUUUUGGAGAGGAUGAUGACUGGAUGAGAGCCCCAUGAUAAAAAUAAUUACUGUAAUUAGGAACUUUUCAAAUUUGUGCAAACUUUUUUUUUUCUCAUGCUCUUAUUACACUGUAUCCUCAUAAGGGUAAACAGUUUUCACUAUGAAACCUCCAGUUAUGGUCUGUUCAGAGUACUUCUCAGCCAGAGGUUGGCUAUGCUUAUGUAAGUGAAGUCUCACAGGCUCAACCCUGCAGUACUACUUUUUAAUUUGAUUUUUUUUUAAUUUAAAUAAAGACAAAUACUUUAUCA